AUGGGGUUCGUGGAUCCGGCGGCGCCGCUGCUCGCCACGUGCGGCGGCGACACCGUCAAGCUCUUCGACGUCACGGUCGAGUCCGGCGACCCCUGCGUCCUCGCCUACGCCCCCGCGCCCGGCCACCCCGUCAACGCCGUCAAGUGGAACCACACCAAUCUUAUUGUAGCAAGUGCUGGGGAUGAUAAGAAGAUCUCAUUAUGGCAUAAAAAGGGUCAAAAUGUAGGACAUCUACCAACAUCAACUGUUGAUCGUGGGGAUGACAUAGAGGAAUCUAUAUAUUCCAUCAGUUUUAGCAAUAAAGGUUCUCGAUAUCUUUGUUCUGGUGGGAGUGGCCACAUUGUUAGGAUAUGGGAUUUGCAGCGGAAGAGAUGUAUCAAAUGGCUAAGUGGUCACACUGACACCAUUACUGGUGUAUUGUACAACUGCAAAGAUGAACAUUUGGCAUCAAUCAGCAUGAAGGGCGAUCUGAUUCUUCACAAUCUUGCUUCUGGAGCACGUGCUGCUGAACUUAGUGAUCCAAAUGGACAGGUUUUGAGAGUGCUUGAUUAUUCACGUAAUAGUAGGCAUAUAUUGGCAACAGCAGGAGAUGAUGGUUCUGUGCAUCUUUGGGAUACAACUGCGAGGACUCCAAAGGUCUCAUGGCUGAAGCAACAUUCUGCACCCACAAGCGGUGUUUGUAUUUCACCCUCCAGUGACAAGAUAAUUGCUACAGUUGGCCUGGACAAGAAGCUGUACACAUUCGAUUCUGGAUCAAGAAGAGUAACACACACUAUUCCUCAUGAUGCCCCUUUCUCAUCAUUGGCAUACAAUGAUGAUGGUACCAUACUAGCAGCUGGCACAAAUAGUGGGCGUGUGGUAUUCUAUGAUGUUCGGGGGAAACCCCAGCCAUUGACAAUUCUUCGUGCAUACAAUAGCUCAGAGGCUGUGACAAGUUUAUGCUGGCAACGGUCAAAGCCUGUCAUUGUUAAGGAAAACAGUUCUUCGGAAGUUGCCCUUCUAGGCGGAACUAGUGAAGAUUCUAUUCUUAUGCCAGAUCCUUUGCCUUCGACAACACCUUCAUCUUUUCCAUCUGGAGUGGGCAUUCCGAGUCACCGCUCUUCUUUGACAGGGAACGCAAGUGGAUUUCUUUCUACUUCAAACUCUUCUACUGCAGAGGAAACUCCAUAUAGGGCCCGUCCAUUGUCUGGUGGACCAUUAUCAAAGCUACAGGCUCCCCGUGGUAACUUCAAUAUAAAGGAUGACAUGGAUGUAUUUUCUCCACUUGUUGAUGUCCAGCCUUUCACACCAUCCAGCAACAGCUGGUGGGAUGAACAUGGGAGUGAUGAAACAAAAAAGGAUGAUAAAUCUGGAGAGAAGAAGGUGUUAACAACUAGGAAGUUCCAGUAUAUGGAAGGGAACAAUGAACCACAUCCAAUCUCGGAUUGGAGGUCUAAUUCCAUUUCAAGACAGGAUGGUGCCUCAUCUGCAAGUACUACAGCCAUGCCAUCAUGGAAGAGUGAGCCACCUAUCUCUUCGCCAGAAUCAUCAACUGGAAAUGCACUGCCAGACAGGCUAACACAUCGUCAACAAAUCUCACGCUUUGGGCAAUCGGCCUUUCAAACUGGAAGCUUGGCGUUUGCAGGUUUACAAGAUUCAGCUCCGUCCACCAGUCUCUCAGUGAAAGGUUCUCUGUCAAGUAAUAUUUUAAUGAACUUACAAAGCAAGGGCAUCUUGAGCAAUGUGCAGUCUUCCCUAGAGACAUCAUCUGCUAGCCUACCGAGCUCAGUUUCCUCAUCUUUCGUGUCCAAGACCGUGCCAUCAGUGAAAUCUGAUUUGCCGGGAGCAGUACAAUCCAAUUCCUCAUGGAAACCUUCAACUUUUUCUGAUAGAUUGAGCACAUCCUCUGUUUUUAGUGAAGGAUUAGCAUCAGCAUUUGGUUCCCCAAAAUCAAAGAAGACUGGAGCAGAAACGAAAGAUGAACUGCUGCUCUCUAGUCUGUUAUCAAGACAAGAGGCACCAGCGACCUCGUCAUCUGGAAGCCUUCUAGCAAGCAAUGGGGUAGUGCCACCGCAAUUGCCAACUUCAGGUUCAUCAGCUGAUCAACAAGGAGCUUCUUCCUUCUCCCUUCAGUAUGUCCAGCGCAUGCUUGAGGAAUCUCUAGGAUCUGUUCACAAGUCUAUACACGAGGAUGUGAGAAAUCUCCACAUUGAACUUCUAAGACAGUUUCACAUGCAGGAGAUGGAAACGUCUAGCGUUAUGAACUUGGUCCUGGAGAAGCUAGAAGGCCUGACUAAGGAAGUGCAGCAACUAAGAAGGGAAAACCAGCAGCUCCGGCACCAGCUUCUCUAAUCUGUAGUUUUGGUGUUCAAUUUGAUACUAUUGUCCAUUGUGGAAGAGUGCAGUCCUCGCUGGAUCACGAGAAUGGCCUAGCGACGGCGUGGCGAUGAUUUCUUAUAUUUGAUCUUGUGUUUGUGUAAUUAAUUCUUUUUGAAGCAAGUUUGUCUAGUUCAGGAAGCUCAUUCUUGACACGGUUGUACAUAGCAACUUUCAGUUUAGAAGCAUCCUGUUUAUCUUUUGCUUUAUGUUUGCUUGCUUCCAUAUGUCUUGCAUGUAUUUAGAUGUUCUGACUUUGUUGCCCGAUGUGAAAUGCUAAUAUAGCAAUAGAUUUACAAUGCA